AUGGAUUUCCUGCGGCAAGUGGCGGUGGAUCUGCACGCGCUGCGGACCGAGGCCAAGCGCAAGUACCCAGUCGUGAAGGAGGCAGUGGACCGUGCGCUUGAGGUGCUGCCUCUCUUGCAGCAGCAGUACGCGGCGCUCGUGCGUACCGAGAAGCUCGCGCCAGGUCCCGGCCACAGUUUUUUCCAGAGCGAGAGCGUCUUGCGGCCGUUUCUAUUGACGUGUAACCACACGAACGCGUCCCACAAGAUUCUCGUGCUCGCACUGUCGAGUAUCCAGCGCCUCGUGAGCUGGGACGCCAUUGAACCGGCCAGUGUGGGCAGCAUCCUCCGGGUUUUGCAGAUCCAGGCCGAGAAAACCGCGUACACAGACGUGCAGGUUAAGUUACUGCAGACGGUCUUGCAGCUUAUGACGCUCGCGUACGAGGCGACGAACCGGAAAAAGGGUGCAGCUGUAGCGCGGACUGGUCAACGACAACUAGAGAACGAGCUUGUGGGAAAUGAAGAUAUGGUGAUGCAAGCUGUGUGGAUAUGUGUACAUCUUCACGAAAGCAGUGGCAGUGCUAGUUCAGUGGUGGGGAACACAGCAGCGAUGACGAUCCGGCAGCUGGUGUCGCUUGCAUUUAGCCAAGUUGACUCAAGUCCAGCAGCUAAACGUGUCGGCGUGCUGCUAUUCCAGGAUCUGUGCUUUAUCAGUCGAGAAGAGAGCGGUGUGUGGCUAAAACGCACGGCUGUGUCGUCGAUGAGUGCGGCGUUAGCGGUCGAGUUACUUGAGACGAUCGUGGCAUCCCACAAAGGACUCUUUCGCCUUGAUGUCGAGUUUACGACUGUUUUGAAGCAGCAGAUGGUUCCAUUGAUGCAGUCAGUGCUGGAAAUGAGCUGCAAUGAUAAGCAUGGCGGGUCUGCAGGCUCAGGCAUUACAGGACCGACGAACACGUCAAUCACCAGCAGCAGCACAAAUGGCGCAGCGGGUCCAUUCUUCCCGCUGCUCGCUCGUGGUAUGCGUCUUGCGAGCACACUUUUGUGCCAUUUUGCCGACUGCCUUGUUGGCGAGUGCGCUUCGAUUUUGCACGCGCUAUUAGAAAUUAUUGCCACAGGGUCGUACACUAUGGACGUCUCCAAAGGACCACAAUCAUUAUCGAAUUCGUCACCGAGUUUGUCGAAGUCACCUCGAGCUUUAUCAAAGUCACCGCCUGACUCCAAAUACAAUGCGGCAAACGCGAUCGCGAAUUUCAAGGAGGCCAAGAGCUUUUUGGCCCACUCGAAUUUGUCAAUCGCUGGUGCGUCCAACGCAUCUGGCAGUACAGGAGGGAGUAUCAAUUUUGUGACUUGGCCCGUUCUGCUAUCGCUGGAAGUUUUGAACCGCGUGUGUCAGGAGCCUGACGUGGUUGCCGCAAUGGUAAGCUACCCUGAUGGUGUGCUGGUUGCUAUCACCCGCACGACAUCAUCGGUAAUCAUGACAUCACCACCAUCCGAUUUUAAACCUCAAGGUCCGGAUGCAACUGCACUUCGCUCUGGUCUUGAGUUGCUGAACGAGCAAGAAACACCCGUGCUCCAGCAGUUUUACAUGGCUGUCCGGGUUGCCGCUUCGUGCCAGUGCAACAUGGCGGCCUCCGUUUUCGAGCUGUCGAGAUCUACCGCCAACGAGAAAGUGUGUGAGAAGCUGGCUAAAGCGUGCGUUGCCGUAGUGGCCCCUGCAGUAGUUAAGUCUAUGAACUGCGUGAUGCGACACUGUCGUGAGGUGGACCUCGUCACCAUGUCUCUCAAAGCAUACCAUGUACUAGCUACGAUCGCGUCGAGGCUUCGAGCAAACAUGCAGGGCCAAACCGCAAGGAACACGUGGCGUAAGCCGAUGGAUGAGGUGGUGCUGACUUGCUUACGAGUAUUAUGUGGAUUCUCCUUCCCCUUACCGGAUGGGAUUCGAGGAAACACAAAAGCAUCGAUACCAACGACUGGAUCGGGCAGCAGUGGAUCAAGUGAUACCGUAGGCGAAAGUGGGGCGGAUGAUGGCGAAAGUUGCCUUGUGACGAUCAGCUGGCGCGAGGUGCAUGCGAUGAAGGCGCUUUUUGGCGCUGCACAUGUUAUGGAGGAAGAGCUUUCAGAGACGGAGUGGUGCGCGUUACUUGAGGGCUUUGAAAUCAUUGUGGACCUUACAGAUGCAAAGCGAAGGAAAGGACAGCAAAAGUUACCGACUAAAACUUAUCGAAUUAGGGCUUUUCGAAUCGAAGAUGAAGACGUUGAACAGCAGUUGGUGAUGCUGAGCAAUUCGGUCGUGGAUUUGGUUCGUGGCGCGCAUAAGAUGAGUAGUGCCGCUCAGCAAAAGCUGCUGAGUGCAGUAAGAAGGGUUUCGUGGAACCAAGUUGGUCUCCCAAUGCUGAGCAGAGGUUCGGAGUUUCUGUCGGAUUCGACUCGCACGGAAUCACCUACCGACGGCUGGAAGAUAGCGGAUGAGGGUGACUCAUCCAGCUCCAUAAGCUUCCACUGUAUGAAAAUCUAUCAUAGCUACUUGGGUGUAGGCCUCACUGGUACUGGCAGCUUUACGCCAUGCUUCGCUUUGCGCAUGCUGACUCAAUUGGCGUCGAGCAGCAAGCGGUGUUUCGAUGAAGUUAUGCAUGAACUAGUCCUCAUGAGCACGUACGAGCUCCAAGCCCCGCUAACGGCUGUCCAAUUUCCCCAACUAGUUCAAUUUCAGGUGUUUGCUACUGAUAGUGUCCUGCAGCUCAUGCAAAACGCCCUGCAGCACGAUGUCAGCAGUGCACCACCUGCUGCGAAGUCAACAAUGGAAAGUCGUGGCAUCGAAAGAGAGGGAAAAAAUCCUACAUACUCGCAUGCGCUUGAUCAGCAGGAGUUGUUCUUGCCGCUGCUGAAGCUGGUACGCUCGGAUAUGAAAGACAGCACAUUGACCGGUAUGCUGGAAAUGCUGAAUGCUUGCGGUCACCUCAUCAGCGCUGGCUGGCCACCAGUAUUUGCUUCGAUACAGGAAGCUUGUACGAUCGGGGAUGGAAAAACACAGGUGCUCGCUUUCAAGUGCUUGCGCCUUAUCGUGGAUGAUUUGGUGGUGUCGAUCCCUAGUAGUUAUCUUUCGGAUUGUAUCAAAUGCAUUGGGCGUUUUGGCAGUCGUGCAAAGGAUGUUAACAUUAGUCUUACAGCUGUCAACGAACUCUGGAGCGUGGCCGAUGUGAUUGGGAAGCAGAAGACGCAAGAUGAAAGCGACUCGAGUAGCCAGCGACGGUGCGGCCAGUGGAGAUACAUUUUUGCGGAGUUUAGCUCCGUAGCGUUGAACGACCGAGUUGAGGUGCGGAACAGCGCGAUCAACACUCUUUUUGGAACUGCCGUGACGUAUGGUGCUCAGUUUGAGCUAAGUGAAUGGCAAUCGUUUAUGAACUCGACGGUUCUGCCUCUUGCUGUUCGAUUGUGCGAGACUCGAGACCAAAAAAGCUCGCUUUCGCUCGAAAAGAUCGAGUCGAAGGUGUCUACUAAUGUGAUGCUGCACCACUCACGCGACAACAGUGAGAAGCAAUGGAACGAAUCUCGAGUGCUGAUGCUGACUGGAAUUAGUCGCGUACUGGAGACUAAUUUGCACUACUUGCUGCAGCACGCGUCGUGGUUUGCUUCCAUUUGGAGGAGUCUGCUUCAGCACGUGGUGCUGAAUACCGCCUUUGGCGUACCCAAGGAAGUUGUGCUUGCAGCUAUCAAAAUGCUUCAAACGCUGUUGCAAGUGUCUUCAGCCGGAGAUUUUGAUCACAUCGCACAAUCGCAGCGUGUUCGCGCCGGAGUUGGUAUGCGUGUGGUUGGAGGUGCUCUUGUGUCUUCGUCAACACCUACAAGCGCUGCGUUGGCUUCUCCAGUAACACGGCGUGUUACCCCCACACCAGUGUUUUGUGAUCCCCGACUUUGGGAGGAAGCAUUUGACCAACUAUUGCGGCUGUGCGACGAGAGACGACGAGAUGCUGAAAAGGACAAGAACUCAAUACAUCCCUGGAAAGAAGAGGAGGAACAGGAAAUUGCGAGUGCAGUGGUCUCAGUGUUAAGGACGCUUUACAUACAAGCGAAAGAGCACGAAUUCAGGAACGUGCGAAACGUGGAAAAAAUGCUGGAUCUGUUUGCUGCGUUGACCUCUCGCCAUUUACUUGACAGACCAGCAACUGAAAAGGGAGCAGUGACAAAGGCAAUUACGAAUAUUUCGACAAACAGCUUGCAAUCUCGCGUACUUGACGCUUUUGAGGAAUGUGAUUCGUUUGCGUUUCAUCCGAAAGUUCACACUAAAGCGUUGGAUCAGCUCGUAGACUAUGUGACGCUGUCGUCAGCUAAGGGUCUCGUUUUCUUCACCCGACACGCAUUGAUUUCGUUGGCAAAGCUGUAUGCGAGCGUGUCAGCGGAGGCCAAAGAGAAACGUUUUCUGUCUGUCCUCUUCUGCAUCCAGCCAUUCUUGCGAUUUGAUACAAGCCACGACACACUGGAAUCAAGUCCUUCCGUGCCUCCCGGCAAGCCAAUGACAGCAGCGCAGAAAGCAGCAACGCAGUUGUGGAAACACGCGCUGCGCGUGCUUCUGGUCAUCAUUUCGAGUGGGCUCGUGGCUGUUCGGUUGGCAGAAGCAUGUUGGAGGCCGCUCCUUGAGACGAUUACGUGUUUUGUCCAGCCAAACGGGGGUAACUUUCCGUUGUGUGUACAGUCAGAAGAGGAUGAAGUGCUGGUGCUGAGUGUGUUGGAGUGCGUAGUGGACAGUACUAUCUCGCUGCUCGACGACGACAGCGACACGAAGUCUCACCUCGGUUCUCAGUACAACGCGUUUAUUAGCGAUCUGGUUGCAAUUCUGUGCUCGGGUGUGAAUGCGGUGGAACACAACAAGUCAAUCAUUCGGUGCUACGUGCGCCAGCUGAGCACGAUGUGCAUCCAGACAGCAGACCAGGAACUGGCGCUGUUUGCGUGUGCUCGACUUGUUGUGUGCUGCAAUACAGCGUUGGUGCGCUUUGCCGAUUUGAGCAGUUCUGCUCUCUCGAAACUCCAGUCUCCAGGUGUGCCGAACCAACUACACGCAUCAUCAUUGUCAGAUUCUGAGAGCGACAUCCAAUAUGUCGCAGCCCGCGAGAGGGUGGUGGUUCUUUUGACAAGCGCGCUGGAGGUUGACAUGCAGCCGCGGAGUAUACUAGAGAUGUACCCAGCCCUCUGCGGCUGCAUCUCGUCGUCCGAUUUGGUGGUGCGCCAGCUUGUACAGCAGCUGCUGUUGAGCAGUCGACUUUCUGAAUUCCGCCUCGAGCUCAUGGAUGUGUGGGAGCGUGAGUCUCAGUAG